AUGAGUGUUAUUUGCUGGAUCAGUCUGGGCCCUGACAAGCCCAUUCUUGUAACCAAGAAUUUGAGGAUUUGUGGAGACUGCCAUGUGGCACUGAAGUAUGUCAGCGUUGUUGCAAGAAGAGAGAUAACUGUGAGAGAUGUGAGUCGAUUUCCCAUUGAAUUGUACUACAAAAUGAUUGAAUCUGGGGUCACACCCACCAAAUUCACAUACCCAUUUGUUCUUAAAGCGUGUUCUAAUUUACAGGUCAUAGAAGAUGGUAGGAAGAUUCAUGAUCAUGUGAGGAGACUUGGGCUGGAGUCUGAUGUCUACAUUUGCACUGCUUUGGUUGACUUUUAUACUAAAUGUGGGUGUUUAAUUGAAGCACGGAAGGUUUUUGAUAAUAUGUCUAAUAGAGAUGUAGUAGCCUGGAAUGCAAUGAUUGCUGGUUCGUCUCUUCACGGGCUGUAUAGUGACACGAUAAGAAUGGUUAUUCGGAUGCAGGAAGCAGGAUUAAGUCCCAACUCUUCUACGGUAGUGUCAGUUCUUCCUGCACUUGGCGAAGUGAACGAUUUGAGGCAUGGGAAAUCCGUGCAUGGUUACUGUGUGAGGAGGAGUUUUCACAGUGAUGUGGUGGUUGCAACUGGGCUUUUGGACAUGUAUGGCAAAUGUCGGUGCCUAGUUUAUGCAAGUAGGAUUUUUUAUAUAAUGGUGGUCAAAAAUGAGGUUACUUGGAGUGCUAUGUUUGGAUUGUAUGUUUCACGUGAUUUUGCGAGAGAGGCAUUGGAAUUAUAUGACCAAAUGCUUCUCAGGGAUUGUAUAUGUCCGUCACGAGUUAUACUAGGGAUUGUACUGCAAGCUUGCUCAAAGCUGACUGAUCUGAGAAGAGGGAGAAGGGUACACGGUUACAUAAUUAAAUCAGGGUCUAUUUUUAAUGUAAUGUUGGGUAACACGCUGCUUUCAAUGUAUGCAAAGUGUGGAGCUAUAGAGGAUGCGAUGAGAUUAUUUGACGAAAUGGAUUCGAAAGAUUCGGUUUCAUAUAAUGCUAUUAUCUCAGGGUGUGCACAGAAUGGCAAGGCAGAAGGGGCUCUGGGUAUUUUCCACAAGAUGCAAUCGUCAGCGUUCGAGCCAGAAUUGGCAACCAUGGUUAGUUUCUUACCUGCUUGUUCACACUUGGCUGCUCUGCAACUCGGAGCUUGUGGCCACUCUUACUCUAUUGUGCGUGGAUUUACAACAGAUACCUCAAUUUGUAAUGCUCUUAUUGACAUGUACUCGAAGUGUGGUAAGGUUGAUAUAGCCAGACUAGUUUUUGAUGUGAUGCGUAAGAGAGAUAUUGUCUCAUGGAAUGCUAUGAUUUUCGGGUACGGUAUUCACGGGCUCGGUAUUGAAGCUGUUUUGCUAUUCCAUGAUAUGCAGACAGUAGGCUUAAAGCCAGAUGAUGUGACCUUCAUUUGUCUCUUAUCAGCUUGCAGCCAUUCAGGACUUGUUGCUGAAGGGAAAAAGUGGUUUUGUGCUAUGAACCAAGAGUUCUUUGUAGUUCCAAGGAUGGAACACUACAUGUGCAUGGUCGAUCUUUUGGGGCGUGCUGGGCUCUUGUAUGAGGCUCGGAGUUUCAUUGAAACGAUGCCAUUUGAUCCUGAUGUUCGUGUAUGGAGUGCAUUGCUUGCUGCUUGUAGAAACUAUAAGAAUAUUGAACUUAGCGAAGAAGUAUCAAAUAAGAUCCAGAGCUUGGGACCUGAAAGUACUGGAAAUUUUGUUCUGUUAUCGAAUAUAUACAGCACUGUUGGGAGAUGGGACGAUGCUGCAAAUGUUAGAAUCGUGCAGAGGAAUCGAGGAUUCAAGAAAAGCCCAGGAUGUAGUUGGGUUGAAAUAAAUGGGGUUGUCCAUGGAUUUGUUGGUGGAGAUCAAUCACACCCGAAUUCAGCAGAAAUAUACAAGAAAUUGGAGGAGAUGGUAAUGGAGAUGAAGAAGUUGGGUUAUCAUUCUGAAUCUAGUUUUGUUCUUCAAGAUGUUGAAGAGGAGGAGAAGGAAAGCAUUCUCCUCUAUCACAGUGAGAAACUAGCUGUUACGUUUGGAAUUCUUAGUCUGGGCCCUGACAAGCCCAUUCUUGUAACCAAGAAUUUGAGGAUUUGUGGAGACUGCCAUGUGGCACUGAAGUAUGUCAGCGUUGUUGCAAGAAGAGAGAUAACUGUGAGAGAUGUGAGUCGAUCAGCUGUCUAA